AUGAUCGGCGUAAAAAUGAUACGGUAGUUGUUCGAAGACGGCAAGAGGCGGUGGUCGGCAAAGGCUCGAACGUUUCCUUUCACCCUGGAAGAGGAUCCAACGCGUGCUACGCCAGUGAGCGCUGUUAUGGAAACAGCGUGUCGGUCUGGGUAGGAUUUAGAAAAAUGCUAUAACGUCGCGAACCAUACGCGAACCGCCGUGUUUCACUUUUCCGUGAACAGAGGGGCUCGCUGCGAUCCACGGACGGGGGAAAGCGGGCUAUAAAGUCGGUGGUAUCUUGGGGGGAAGUAUCCAGUAAAGUCUGGACAUCGACCAGAUAUUCAAGUGUCCGUAAGACAUGAACAUUUUGGUAACCACGAUAUUGGUGGGUUUGGUGGCCGCGUCGGUCUGCGAGGAGGCCGUGAAGGACGUCGAGUCUUCGGAGUCGACAGUGGAAAAGAAGCAGGAGAAGCGAGGGUUGAGUCAUUACGAGGGAGGCGCGGAAGGCGGUGACUACGGGGGUGGACACGAAAUCGCUCUAUCGGGUGGAGAGGGUGGCGAUUACGGCGGUGGAUCCGAGGGCGGUUACGAAAGUUACGGAGGUGGUUACGGUUACCAAGAGGGUGGCAAAGUAAAAGUAAUCACGAUCGAGAAGAGCGUGAAGAUACCGUAUCCGGUCGAGAAGAAAGUUCACUAUCCGGUGGAAAAAGAGAUACCGUACCCGGUGAAAGUUCCCGUGCCCGAGCCGUACCCUGUCGAGAAGAAGAUACCUGUACCGGUGAAGGUUCUGGUGAAGGUACCCGUACACAUUCCCCAACCUUAUCCGGUAGAGAAGAAGAUACCGUACCCGGUCCAUGUGCCCGUAGAAAGACCGGUACCGCACAAGGUGUACGUACCGCAACCGUACCCGGUCGAGAAGAAGAUCCCGUACCCCGUAAAGGUACCAGUGCCGCAACCGUACCCGGUCGAGAAGCCUGUGCCUUACACCGUCAAGGUGAUCGAACACGUGCCUCAACCGUUCCCGGUCGAGAAGCCCAUUCCCUACCCGGUGAACGUGCCCGUAGAAAGACCGUACCCUGUCCAUAUUCCCAAACCGUACCCGGUGCCCGUCGAGAAGCACGUUCCGGUUCCCGUGGAGAAGCCGGUACCCUAUCCCGUGAAGGUACACGUGGAGAGACCGGUAGGAGUGCCGGUGGAGAAGCCGGUACCCGUGGAAGUUAAGGUACCGGUGCCGGCUCCGUAUCCCGUGGAGAAGCACGUACCUGUCCCCGUGGAGAAGCCGGUGCCUUAUCCGGUAAAGGUACCCGUCGAACGACCGGUUGCGGUACCGGUCGAGAAACACGUGCCUGUGCCUGUGGCUAAACCCGUACCCUACCCGGUCAAGGUACCCGUAGCCGUAUCGGUGCACGGCCACUAUGGCGGAGGAGGUUACGGCGGAGGAGGUUACGACGGUGGCUACGAGUCUAGUUACGGGGAGCAUUGAAGAAUUCGUUCGCCAUCGAGUACCGCGUCGAGUUGCUUCGACUCGUCCGAGUUUCGAUUUUUCUUUCCGACGCGAAUCUAUUUAUAGUAAUCGAUCCCUCGAGCAUGUCGUCGCUCGGGAUCGACGUUGAGCUAUUUACGAGUUCUCGUAAUUCGCUUAGAUCGUAGCGUGUAACCCUUUUAUACCCGAGUACCUAACAAUACAUUGUACGCGUACACGUUGUAUUGUACAAAGAAUUCUGUUGGUUAUCGAGGACCGAGUAAACGACCUUUAUUCGGUCCGGCGAGCAGCCUUGUC